AUGCCGCCACCACUCGACCCCCUCCGUCUCCGCAUCUUCUCCGAACUCAACCUCCAACUAUCCCAUCCCUCAAUCCCCAAAUCCCUUCUCAACGAAACAUCAAAACACCUCGCUUUCCUCGUCCGAUACUACACCAACGACCCUGACUGCGAUCCAUUUCGUGUCAGUGUGCCGAUUAUCAAGGUGCUUGUACCUCUUAUGAGUAAAGAAGAGGAGACAGACACGGAGGUAGAGACAGUAUUGAAAAUCGCAUUAGUAGUUUUCGAUGAAGGGGAAUAUGGGAAGGAGAGGAGGAGGGAAAGUCCUGUUUCGAUGAGGAUGGAGGGACUAAGGAAAAUAAAGAUGGAGAAGUUGUACGGAGUGGGUAAGAUGUUGGGGGGGGGGGGGGGGGAGGAGAGUAGAGACGAUAUGACGUCGACGGAGAAGACGAAGAGUGAUAGCAAGGCUGGUGUGACUGGCAGGAAAGUAGACGGGGGUCGACGUGACACUUCUGCGUCAGCAUCUGGUAUUGGUUCUUCUAUUUCGUCUACGGCUGCUAAGUCAAGGAUGCAUGUGCUGGUUGAGGCGACUGGUACGCUGGGGCAUUACAAGUGCAUGGUUGCCAAGUUUUGUGGCAUGGCCGAGCGUGUCAUAGGUGGACUGUUGGCAGGUGAUGAGGACGUGGUGCAUGCGUGCGAAGAGGUCAGGAAGAAGAGAGGGAAUAAGGCGAGUGGGGGUGUAGCAAGGAGACCGGUGUGGGAUGUUGAGACUUGGGGUGACUACUCUUGA